AUGACCCGGCACGUUCACAAGGACAUUAGGAGGGGCCCAUGGACACAACUUGAAGACCAGCAGCUGCGUGAUGCAGUUCGCAUGGUGCAGCUAGAGGCGGCACAUCAGAGGCGGGACCAGACCUGGGUUCGAAUUUCGACCGAGAUAGUCAAAACUAGGACGCCCAAGCAAUGCCGGGAGCGGUGGGAGCAGAACCUCAAGCCAGGCCUGAGACACGAUCCCAUCACGGCAGAAGAGGGCGCCGAGAUCCUGCGUCUUCACAAGAAGCUUGGGAAUAAAUGGGCCAAGAUUGCCCAGCAUCUUCCCGGGCGCUGCGACAACGCCGUUAAGAAUUGGUUCAACGGCCACAGGAACCGCCUGGAGCGCCAGAACAGGAUGGCCAGAUCUGCGCAUCGUCAAUACCAA